AUGAAUCAACUAGUUGUGGGAGAAAAAGGCUGUUCUACUGGGAUCUUACCCUUAACAUUUGAGAACAGUACCGCAAAGAAUAUUCCUAGAACUUUAGAUCUCAAUUAUCACAGAAAAUUUGAUAGCAUUACACCUCUUCCCCCUUUUCGAGAAUUGAUAGGUCAAAUUGAGAAAUGGAGAGAUUACGUUAGUGAUGAAACUACGAAAAGAACUAUUUCAGCGUCGAGUAUCUCAGUCAGUGAUGGACCAAUUGACACGGUAAACUACGAGACGGAUAGUUGGACUUUUAAAACCAGAGACUCACUUUACAUGGGGUAUUAUGAGAAAUCAGGCAAUAGAUCGAAUUCAAAUUGUUCUGAAAAUUUAUCCACUCUUGCUAAUACGUCUGUUGCAAAGCACUAUUCAAUGUCAUCGCAAACUAAGAAACUGGAAGAGAAGGCAUUUCAUUCUUUAAUACAAUUUUUUUUGACUUCAGAUAACUUCACAAGGUGUAUCAAAGAGAUGAACAAAAAGAUGGAUUCUAUUACAACGAAGAGCGAUAUAGAAUUCAAUAAAAACGCUGAUCUCCUUUCUUCAAGGGAUAGUGAGCGCAGAACCAUUCUGACUGCAAGAGAGCAUUUUAGGGGCUGGGUUAAAGAAAUUCCUGAUGUAAUGUAUAAAAAUAUGAAAACUUCUUUAUUAGACUUCGCAAAUAUUUUAGGAGAGUUAGAGCUGAUGAAAUAUGACUACAUCGAAGAAGAAAUAUUGAAUGCAAUAGAUUUAUCUCAAGACAACAAGACCAAUUCUAUACCUGAUUUUGGGCAUAGUUCAGCGGAAGAUCUUAAAAUUUUCAGUAGAACUCGAGUUGAUCGAUCUGAAGGUACAAAAAAAAGUUGUACGGCGUUCCCCAGAAGUGGUAGGGCAUCAACUAAAGUAACCAAACAAAAAUCCAAACGAAACAGAGCAAAAAGCAUUGCUUGUAAGCAUUGCGCAGCAGAUGAUACACCUGAAUGGAGAAGAGGACCAGAUGGGGCUAGGACAUUGUGUAAUGCUUGUGGUUUAUUCUACUCCAAGUUAGUCAAGAAAUUCGGUCCUUCAGAGGGUGAGUUUGUACUCAAACAUAGAAAACAGAACGAGCUUCUCCAAGACCGAACAGUGCCGUCGAGUAAAGAAAUUCGGGAAAUGUUGAAAGAUUUUUGA